AUGUUACUCGAUACACAUAAAAUAUCUUUAAUAUAUGAUUUUUGGAAGUUGAAUAAUGAAGAAACUUAUAUACAUGAUGUUACUGAAUUAUCACGUAAAUUGACUGAAUCUGAUACAAUUGAUGCUCAAUACAUUCGUGAUUGGAUUCCUGAUCUUGUUCGUUUGGUUGAAUUAUGGGAAAAAAAAUCUUUAAAUGAAUUGGAUAAAUUUUAUGCAGAUUUACUUACAGAUGAGUCUGUUAGUGAUAAAGCUGAUGCUCUAUUACGUUUUCUUUAUGAUAUUCAAUCAUAUGAAAUGGUUAAAUAUUUAUUAGAAAAGAAUGUCGAACAUUAUAAAAAAGAUAAACUUGUAUCAUCAACAAUGAGUGCUUUUCAUGAAUCAUGUAUAUAUGGUUUUAGUCAAGUAUGUUUAUUAUUUAUUCGAAAUAAACAAGAUGUUAAUGAACCAUUUUCAUUAAUAUAUGAAAAUUUUAAAACAAAUAAAAAAGAAAUUGUUCGUAAUUUAACUGCAUUACAACUUGUUUGUCUUUGGUCAAAAUAUUUUCCUAAACGACUUCCAUCUUAUGCACAUACAGCUCGAAUAUUAUUAAAUAAUGGUGCACAAGUUAAUACGACAUCAACAGAAUCAACAACACCACUUCAUUGGGCAUGUCGAGCAAAACAUACAGUACAAAUAGCACAAGAUCUUAUUGAACAUGGUGCAUGUAUUAGUGCACGUGAUCAACUUAAUAUUCAACCAAUUCAUUAUGCAUGUUGGGGAAGAAAUCAAAAUUUAAUUGAACUUUUACUUUCAAAAGGUGCUCAACUUACUGAACAAGAUGAUUUUGGUCGAACAGCAAUUCAUUUUCUUUGUAUGCCAACAUAUGUUGAAACAAUGACUGCUGAUGAUCAACAACAACAAUAUGAUUUAAUGAAAUUUUUAUUAAAUAAAUAUGAAAAAAAUAGUCAUCUUAUUGAUUUAAAAAAAGAAGAUAGUCAAGGUCAUACAUUAUUAGCAUAUGCAUGUGUUAGUCAAAAUCUUCCAUUAUUGCAACUUCUUGUUGAACAUCAACGGGAAUUAUUAAAUAAAACAACUACCGAUGGACGAACACCAUUAAUGAUUGCUAUUGAUGAAUGUUUUGUGGAUGGUAUUGAAUAUUUACUUAAACAACCUGGCCUUGAAAGAAAUGUUUUUGAUACAACUGGUAAUACAGCUAUACAUCAUGCAUGUAUGUGUACAAAUAUUUCAAUGCGUGAGAAUCUUCUUCAACUAUUAAUUAAUGAUACAAAUGGUACAUUUGAUCUUGAAAAACGAAAUGAACAAUUAAUUGAUCCAUUUAUGUUAUGUACAAUAAAUCAAUCAAUUGAUUUAUGUCGUAUAUUAAUUAAAAAAAAUGUUUUAUUAACAAAAAAAGAUCUUUAUUCAAGACAACCAAUUCAUGUUGCAUGUCAAAUGGGUAAUUAUGAAUUAAUAUCAUUAUUAAUACAAUCUUCAAAUGUAAAUAUAAAUGCAGUUGAUGAUAAUAAUCGAAAUUGUUUAUUUUAUGCAAUAAGUUAUGGUGAUGAAAAAAUUGUUGAUUUAUUACUUGAUAAUAAUGUAACUAUUAAAAUACGAGAUCGUGUUGGUGAUACACCAUUACAUUUAGCUGUACAACAUAAAAAAAAUGGAUUUAAAUUAACAAGUUGUCUUUUAACAAAACAAGAUGGAAAAGAUUUAAUUAAUGAACCAGCAGGUGAUGGAAUGAAACCAAUUCUAUUAGCAGCAGACAGUAAACAACCAGAAGUUGUUUAUCUUUUAAUUAAAAAUGGUGCUGAUGUUAAAGCUGUUGAUAGUGAACAUCAAACAGCAUUACAUUUAGCAUGUAAAAAUGAUUGUAUGAAAAGUGCUUUUUAUCUUAUUGAAUUUGGAGGUUUAGAUGUUAAUGAACUUAAUUGUUAUCGACAAACACCAAUAUUUCAUGCUUAUACUACUAAUGAUUAUGAUCUUGUUCAAUAUCUUGUAUCAUGUGGUGCACGAAUUGAUCUUCGUGAUAGUCAAAAUCAUUUACCAAUUCAUGUAGGUAUAAUUUUAUCUCAAGAUGAAGAUUAUAAUUUAAAUUUAAUUGAUUUAUAUAAAAAUAAACAUGCAAAAUUACUUGAUGAUCAAAGUAAUGAAAGUCGUAUGACACCAUUAAUUUUAGCAUCUAUGCAAGGUAAAUUUAAUAUUGUUAAACAUUUAAUAUUAAAUUACAAGGUAAAUGUAUUGGCAAAAUGUUCAAAUGGACAUUCAGCAUUACAUUAUGCUUGUUUAUUAAAAAAUUCAAAAGCAUUAGAAAUAGUCGAAUUUUUAAUGGAACAUGGAUGUACAUAUGAAAAAGUUGAUCAACCAAAAGGUGCAUUUUUAUAUACAGUUGCUCAAUAUGGUGAUCGAGAAGCGGCUAUGUUUUUUAUCAAUCAUUGGCUUAAAAAAAAUCCUGAUAUUAAUGAAAAACAUUAUUGUGCAUCAAUUCUUGAUCUUCUUUUUGAUCGUGCACAAUUACAUCAUCAUGAUAUUGAUACUGAACAUCUUCGAAGUUUAAUAGAAAAAGGUGCUUCUUUAUACUCAUCAAAAUUACCAACAUUUCCAUGUCCAUUAAUAAAUGAUUGUCCAGCUUUUUAUUUACUUUUACUUGAAUACAAUUGUAUAUCAAUUAUUGAUAAAUCUAAAUUUAUUUUUCAACUUUUACAUUCUAUUUCAACACAUCCCGAUAAUUACUUCUUAUUAAAUUCAAAAGAUAAAGAAUUUAUAACUGUUUGUGAAUAUUUCUUAAAAAUUGUUCGAUUAGUACAUUAUAAUUAUAAUAUUGAACGAUUUUAUUCACUUAUUGAAAAAUAUUGUCUUCCUCAACUUAAUGCUGAACAACCAAGUGAACAAGUUGAAAUACUUCAAGAACAAUUAGAUUCUUUACGAUCAACACCAUUGAAAUUAUCUGAAUUAGCACGAAAACUAAUUCGUACAAAAAUAAAUCUUCCAACAAAAAAGAAAUUCGAACAAAUGGGUUUAACUCGACAUCUGGUAGAAUUUCUUUCACAAGCAACACUUUAA